CCGCCUCCUUCAUGAAGUGGACUACAGGGAGGCCGGAGAAGCUGACAACGAAAACACAGCUUCUAUAUCGCAGCCAAAACUAACAUUCAUUUCUCUCUGUAAUACCCGAAUGUUGUAGAGAUAGAAACAUGGAACAUAGGAGGAAGAGGGAGUCUGCUAUGCAGAGUUUACGGGUGUCACUUUUCGUCUCUUUUGUCUGUCUUGUGUUCCACCUCGGCGACGCUGACGCCAGGCUACACCGGACACGGAGCGUCUCGACGGAAGAAACGGUAGAGAACUACAACAAAUACUACAAUUAUGUAGAAUUAACUAGUCGUUUACAGUCGUAUGCCGAGAAAUACUCCCACAUAGCAAACCUGUCGAGCGUAGGUCAAUCCGUGCAAGGCAGGGAGCUGUGGGUAAUGCGGAUCACCAGGGACCCCCUUGUAGAUUCACAGGGUAAACCCAGGUUCAAGUACGUGGGCAACAUGCACGGUGACGAGACGGUUUCCAGGCAGGUUCUGGUCUAUCUGGUGGAAUACUUACUGACCCAAUACGACCAGGAACCGCGUAUAACGGAGCUGGUGAACACCACAGACAUAUACAUCAUGCCCAGUAUGAACCCUGAUGGUUUUGAGGUGUCCAAGGAGGGAGACUGCAUUGGCCACACCGGAGGGAGGAACAAUGCUAAAAAUAUGGACCUGAACAGGAGCUUUCCAGACCAGUAUGAUGGAGAACGUGAAAAACUGCUGGACACUGAUAACAUCCCUGAAGUCAUGGCUGUGAUUAGAUGGAUGCACGACAAAAAGUUUGUUUUGUCCGGUAACCUGCAUGGUGGAACUGUGGUUGCCAGUUACCCUUUUGAUGACUCGGCCUUGCACGAGCAACAAGGUCAUUACAGCCAGUCGGCAGAUGACAGCCUUUUCCGCUACCUGGCGCUGGUGUACUCCAGGAACCACCCAGUGAUGAAGACUGGUCAGCCCAACUGUCCCAAUUCCCCAGAAGAGACCUUUACAGAUGGCAUCACUAAUGGGGCACAGUGGUACGAUGUAUCAGGAGGGAUGCAGGACUACAACUACAUCUAUGAGAACUGUCUGGAGAUCACCAUGGAGCUGAGCUGCUGCAAAUAUCCUCCUGCUACUGAGCUCCGUAAGGAAUGGGAGCUAAACAAAGAGUCUCUAUUGGCCUACAUGGAAAAGGUCCAUAUUGGUGUUCGUGGCUAUGUAAAGGACAACGUCAGCGGUUCGGCCCUCACCAAUGUCAGUAUUGUGGUGGCAGGCAUCCGCCACAAUCUGACCACCGGAAACUACGGAGACUACUACAGACUCCUGCUCCCAGGAGCCUACAACAUUACCGCUGUGACCGCAGGGUACAAACCAUUGACCAUCGACAAUGUGCAGGUCUUAGAAGGAAAAGCCGCCACGCUUAAUUUUACAUUAGAGCCACUGGCCAUCGAGCCAAAUCUUGCAAGCAACACAUCUCUGACCACGCCCUUCACGCCAUCAACCACUGCACCUUCAGAUGCCUCCACCGUCAUUAACACCCCUGAACCCACAACGCCACAGGUGGUGCCUUCAGUAGAAAGUCAAAGCACUUCCUCUGUGUUACCACCUCCACCGCUGCCCAUUCAACCUCAGGAAUUUCGACACCAUAACUAUGCUGACAUGGAGCUCUUCUUACGCAAGUACAGCAGCGAGUUCCCGUCGAUUGCUCAUCUUUACUCCAUUGGCCGCUCAGUGGUCGGUAGAGAGCUCUAUGUAAUGGUCAUCUCAGACAACCCUACCGUUCAUGAACAUGGUGAACCAGAAUUUAAAUAUGUGGGCAACAUGCAUGGCAAUGAAGUGGUGGGCCGGGAGUUAUUGCUCAACCUCAUCGAGUACCUGUGCCUUAACUACGGCACCGACCGCGAGGUCACAGAUUUGAUCAACAACACACGUAUUCACAUCAUGCCUUCGAUGAACCCUGACGGCUACGAGGUAGCCAGUGAAGGUGAUGUUCGAGGCUACAGAGGGCGCAACAACAGCAACAAUUAUGACCUGAAUCGCAACUUCCCAGACCAGUUUGCCACCAUCAAAGAUCCCAGACAGCCAGAGACGGUUGCUGUGAUGAACUGGCUGAAAAGCAACCCUUUCGUCCUGUCAGCUAACCUCCAUGGAGGUUCAUUGGUGGUCAACUAUCCCUUCGAUGACGACAAAGAGGGGAAAACAAAGUACAGCAAGUCUCCUGAUGAUAAGGUUUUUCAGCAGUUGGCUCGAACUUACUCUCAGGAAAACCCUCUGAUGCACAGCGGACACCCUUGUGUGAAAUUAUACCCUAACGAAUACUUUGCUGAAGGCAUCACCAAUGGUGCCAGCUGGUACAACGUUGCUGGUGGCAUGCAGGACUGGAACUACUUAAACACCAACUGCUUUGAGGUGACGAUCGAGUUGGGAUGUGUGAAGUACCCGUGGGCCAAGGAUCUGCCAAACUACUGGGAGCAAAAUCGACAAUCUUUGCUUCAGUUUAUCCACCAGGUUCACAUUGGGAUAAAAGGUACGGUCUCCGAUAUAAGAGAUGGUGUGGGGAUACCCAAUGCCACCAUUCAUGUGCAGGACAUAGACCACAACAUUACCACUGGUCUCACUGGUGAUUACUGGAGACUGUUGGUCCCAGGGACCUAUUCCAUCACUGCGUUUGCCCAUGGAUAUAAACCUGUGAGGACAUACGCCACAGUGUCCAAGAAUGGAGCAGAAGUGGUUGACUUCAGACUGACACGGGUUCACUCGGACCAGAAUAACCAGUCGCCCUCUGGAACCAACCCGACCCAAAACCCGUCUGAGGAGGAGUUUGAGAACUUAAUCAAGGACCUCUCUCUUGGCCAGGGCUUAGAACAGUUGGUCAGGAGCACAGACACUGAGAACAGCUUCAGAUUCCGAGGGUACAAGGAGCUGUCGGCGUUCCUCCGAGGUCUUACACUCAACUUUCCCAAAAUUACGUUCUUACACAGUUUGGGCCGAAGUGUUGAGUUUAGAACUAUUUGGGCUCUGGAAAUCUCCAACAACCCAGGAGAGGCUGAACCCUCUGAGCCCAAAGUCCGCUUUGUGGCAGGGAUCCAUGGUAACGCCCCAGUGGGCACCGAACUUUUGCUUGAGUUUGCUGCCUUCUUAUGUAUCAACUAUGGCAAGAACCCAGCCAUUACAAGGCUCAUCAACGAGACAAGAAUUGUGAUUGUGCCGUCUAUCAACCCCGAUGGAAGAGAACAAGCGGUGGAGAAACAGUGCGCCUCCACCCAGGGUUUCACCAAUGCUCACGGCAAGGAUCUGGACACCGAUUUCUUUGGCAAUGCAUCGCAGCGUGUGGUGGAGCCUCAGCCCGAGACCAGAACGAUGAUGGAAAUGAUAUUAGAUAAAGGUUACACUCUGUCUGUGGCCCUCGAUGGAGGCUCCCUUGUGGCUACUUAUCCAUACGACAAGCCUGUCCAAUCAGUGGAGAAUGAAGGCACUCUGAAAUACCUGGCAAGUGUUUAUGCCAACAACCAUCCCAAGAUGCACCUCGGUGACACCGGAUGUUCAACUAACGGGCAGACAAGCAACAUUCCCGAUGGAGUGAUGAGGGCAGCGGAGAGACAGAGCCACAUGGGCAGCAUGAAGGACUUCAGCAUGGACUUUGGCUACUGUCCGGAAAUCACCGUAUACACUGGCUGCUGUGUGUUCCCCCCAGCUGAUCAGCUGGCCACACUCUGGGCAGAGAACAAGAAGCCUCUUCUAAGCAUGUUGGUGGAGGUCCAUAAAGGGGUACGAGGUGUGGUGAGGGAUAAGAGCGGGAAACCCAUUGUUGGCGCCAUUAUCAUCCUGAAUGGGGGAGCCAGAGUGUUCACUGCAGAGGGUGGCUACUUUCACGCGCUGCUGGCUCCAGGGAACCACAACAUUGAAGCAGUUGCUGAUGGCUACCAGCAACAACGACAAGAGGUGGUGGUGUCGUCCUAUGAAGCUGCCAGCUCUGUAAUCAUUGAGUUUGACAUGGACAAUAGCAUCUUUGGUCUGCCAAGAGAAUUUGUGGUGGCAAGUGCAGCCGCCUCCAUGACGGCGUUGGUGGUGACUGCAUGCAUCAUCUGGUGCGUAUGCGCUGCCAAGUCAAAUCACCAGAAAGAUGGCUUCCACCGUUUGCGCCAGCACCGAGAUGAUUACGACGACGAGAUCCACCUCACGUCAAUGGGAUCUAAGAAGUCUCUUCUCGCACAUGAGUUUCAGGAUGAAAGCGAAAGCGACGAGGAGACGUUGUAUGCCAACAAAAUCUGAGCUUUUAUUUGGAUUUUCUGUUGGAACGAUAAGCCAGGGACAGCAAUACCAGUGCACUUGAACUUGAUGCAUUAUAUAUCUUCCUCGUUCAGACUGAUCUAAAACUGGGGAAGACUAUUUCUUUUGCUGUGUGUUCUGAGCACUCACCAGUAAUUCAACUCGUAAUCCCAUAGUGACCUCAUCAGUCACAUAAUCUUUUGUGACCACUCGUCCGUCCCGUCCCGCCUCGCCUCUCGGCAAGUUUUGAUUGCUCCAACUUGUCCUUCCUGAGUCAAACCCUUUCCGUGUUAACUCAAGUUCCAAAGUCACAAGAACACAAUUUCCCCCACUUCCCAGUUCAUUAUAAAUCCCUGUGAAUACUCCAUGAGCUCAACAAAGAUGUGGAAUGUUUUUCUUCUACAGUGGCUUUGCUGCAUAAAAGCGUCCGGAGCCUCUGGAGAGUGCGUCCAAUUUUGUGCCUUGGCUUCUCUAGAGCAGCAAAAGUAGUGAAUAGAACAAUUGGGCCAUGCUUUUGCCAAGAUUUUGAUCCAUCCUAUUCUCAGGUGGCAGGAAAAGAGUGAUACCAAUUAAUUAGGCUCCUCGGUUCUCAUCUUACACAUUUUCUGUAUAAAUAAUUCAUGUUUGUUUUUCCUCAAUGGGAGAGACUCUGAAGAAAGUUGAGCUGAAAUGUUUGAGAAUUAAGCUGGUUCUGCAGGCGGUGCACCACUUUGUUGGCUCACUUGCACUGGGAGGGUGAAAAAAUCAUGUCAUUGGCCAAGGAACAAUACAAUAUUUAAUGAAUAAACUUAAGAAUGUAUUUUAAGCACUGUUUUUAUGCUUCCCCCAUUAACUUCCAUUUUAAGAGUCCAGUGCAAGGUGGUGAUUUGAUUACAUCUGAAUAUUGUUCAAUUAGUUUCUCAUCUAAAACUUAGUGAAAUUGGGAUGUUGCCUAAAACCAAAAUGAAAUGUUUCUCACAAUCUUUUAUUAAACUGGAAAGUUUUUUUUUAAAGCUAAGACCUUGCCUUAAUUUCCAGUUUCUCUAAAGAAAUGCAGCUGUCAUUAUUAAUGGUAAAGCUGGUGCAGAGAGAUUUUGUAUAUUUUUCUUACAAUGUCUGAAUGCGUGCAUGUGUGAACUUGGGUCAAGUCGGUCAUGCAGUGUCGGUGUGAAGUUUUUAUAUGAACUAAUUUAAAUGUCGGUCACUUGUAAAUGUUCAAAUGCAAUUUGAGGUGAAUCCGGAAUCGCCAUUGGAACAGAGGCAGUUGUUCUGUGUGACAAUGUGCACUCGGCCUCAUAGAACAUGAAUAAAACAUCUCUCACAAUA